UUAUCUAUAACAGGUAUGUUAACAGGGUCGAAGUGCACACGGUUGAGCAGAGCAAAGAGAGGCAGAAGAGAGGGAAAGAUGUUGAGUCUCUCCAUGGCUUCUCCAACAUCAGUUACUACCAUUUCUCCAAAUCUCAAAUCUUCUUUCUCCGGUAUUACAAUCACCACCCGCGCAUUCCCCACUCGCUUGCUUCCCCAGCUGACACAGUCGGGUCGGGGCCGCUCUUCGUCGUUAGUGGUCAUGAUGGCGAAGAGAGAGGAGGAAUUGAAGGAAAUCAGAGCCAAAACCACAGAAGAGAUAAAUGAAGAGGUGGUAGAUCUUAAGGGCGAGCUAUUCAUGCUUCGGCUACAGAAAUCCGUCCGCAACGAGUUCAAGUCCAGCGAAUUUGGCCGAAUGCGCAAAAGGGUUGCUCGCAUGCUUACUGUUAGGCGGGAAAGAGAACUUGAGGAGGGCAUCGGUAAGAGGCAGUCAAGGAAGCUUGAUCGACUAUGGAAGAAAAGCAUUGUUGUGAGACCACCUCCAUCCUUGAAGAAGUUGCAAGAGGAAGAGGCAGCUGCAGAAGCUGCAGUAGCUGAGAAAUCCACAUAACUUAUUCUGAAUGAUUUCUCAACCAAUGUUGUACAAGCAGAAGCUCUUUCAAUCGGUUUCAGAUCAUUUUUGUGUAUACAUUGGCUGUUUUGUUAGAAUUGCAGAAGCAUGGAUCUUAAGAUUUCAUGAAUUUAUGCACUGAAUUUUCUCUGUUCUUUGUGAAUUAUGUCUAGUUAGCUUCUGAUAAAACAAGCAAGUAAUUUCAGAGCGUA